AUGGAUGAUAUACCAUCUAGUUCUGAUAAUAAGCGUCUUUCAGUUAAAUCAACUUUACAACAAAUUCAUCAAGAACAAUCAUUAAUUAAUGGCCAGGCUUUACAAACAUUACAUACAAAUCAAGAAUUAAUGGGUUUUUCUGAAGAACAAAAUACAAAUAAAAUUGAUCGUGAACAACAAACAAUUCGAACAAAUCAGCAUGAUUCAUACACACAAACAGAUUUUAUAACAACAACAACAGGUGAAGAACAAAACAAUUUAUUAAAUGAUUAUCAUAUUUUAUCAAUAUUCAAACGUCAAAAUAAAAUAGUAGUAAGUUUUAAACCCCAACAAAGUACUAAUAAACAAAUUGAUCGAGCACAAGAAACAAUUGAAGCAACCCAGGUCGAGGUUAAUGGAGUGAAUUCUGCACCAACUUCAAAAGUUUUAUCAGCAACAAAUCCAAGUCGUAAAACUGUCAGUUUUCUUGCUCCAAUUCAAACAAUAGUUCCAUCAUUACAGCAAGUCAUAAGUUGUUCAAAAACAACUAGUCCAGCAACAAUAUCAACUAUUAAAAAAAUGACAUCAAUUCCAACAACUAAUUCUCAUCCUUCACGAUCUCUCGAAUUUGCUACUCGACCAACAUGUCAUAAUAUUGUUGAUUUAACAGAAAAAUAUGAUGAUACUACAAAUAAAACAUACACAAAAAAAAUGACUUCAAUAUCUACACUAUCGUCAACAGUCAUGUCUAUUCGUAUGUUUUCAUUAAUAUUAAACAUUUCAGAUAAUAUAUUAACUCUUGUAGAGCCUACAAAUCGAUCAAUUUGUCCAAAUACUACUAUUCCACUUGGACAGACAAUUAUUUUACCUUCAUUACCUGAACAUAAUCCAUGUGACAAUAGCAUAACUCGACCUCAAUUACUUAUAAAACAUAAGGAUACAAUGAUUCAAUUAAUUUGGAAUUUACCUUCAACAUCAAUGGAAUCUAUAAAAGAGUAUGAAAUUUAUACAUAUCAACAAAGUUUAACAACAGCGUUAUCUGGUUGGAAAAAAUUUGAGACAGUUAAAUCAAUGCCUCGUCCAAUGAGAACUACUGUAGAGUACUUUCAAUGUAAUUGUCAUUAUGCAUUUGCUAUUCGAGCAAUAUCAAUCAAUAAUGGUGUUGGCCGUUUUUGUAAACCAAAAACAAUAUUUAUAGGAAGUAUAUAG